AAGGGAGCCCUGAGCCCAAGCAGCGCUUCCCGGCCCCGCGUCCCGGCGCCUCGUCGGCAGCUGCUUGCCCGUUGCUCUUCGUUACCCUCGCCCGGUGCCGGCCGCGUCGCCUCCCGCUUAACCUCGCCGGUUCCCACACGCUGCAGCUCCGCGCGGGGGCCGAGCACUGCUCGAGAGCGCGGGAGCGGGGCGGGGCGGCCCUCGGGGGCCGGUGGCGGCGAGGAUGGCCUCGUCGUCGGGUAACGACGACGACCUCACCAUCCCCAGGGCUGCCAUCAACAAGAUGAUCAAGGAGACGCUCCCCAACGUCCGCGUGGCAAACGAUGCCCGGGAACUGGUGGUCAACUGCUGCACGGAGUUUAUCCACCUCAUCUCCUCUGAGGCCAAUGAGAUCUGCAACAAGUCGGAGAAGAAGACCAUAUCCCCAGAGCAUGUCAUACAAGCACUAGAAAGCUUGGGCUUUGGCUCCUAUAUCAGUGAAGUAAAAGAAGUCUUGCAAGAAUGCAAAACCGUAGCACUAAAGAGAAGAAAGGCCAGUUCACGCUUGGAAAACCUCGGCAUUCCGGAAGAAGAGCUUCUAAGGCAGCAACAGGAAUUAUUUGCAAAAGCUAGACAACAGCAAGCAGAACUGGCACAGCAAGAGUGGCUGCAGAUGCAACAAGCAGCUCAGCAGGCACAGCUUGCUGCUGCCUCAGCCAGUGCAUCCAAUCAGGCAGGAUCUUCUCAGGAUGAAGAUGAUGAAGAUGAUAUCUGAAAUUCACCAGCUGGGUUUCUGUUCUUCACUAAGAAAUAUUUUUCCUGCACAAUGAAAACAGUGAAAUGAAUGCUUACCUGUAAGUUUGUAUGCAUCAUGGACUGGCAGUUGGUAUUCUAGGGGUGUCUGCUGUUGUGUGCUGUACAUGUAUAAACUGUCUUUUUUGAACUCUUGAAGAUUUAAGGUUCAGUAUCAUAUCGACUUUGGAUUUUUAAUGGUGUAUAUGGAAAUUUUAGAUAGCAGUGCGUCACUUAUUUGAUCAAUAAACAGUGUUACAAUAAACAACAAGUUUAUAAAAUAUAGUGAGAUUUAUACAAAAAGCUCUAAAUCCACAUUUGCAUUUCUUCCCUUUUAACUAAACUAUCAAAUCUUAGAAUUUUUAAUUGUUUUUUGGGGGAGUGGUACAGUAGAGGUAAACCAUUAAUGGGGGAAAAGUCAAGUUCAGCAUAGUACAGUCUUGAAUUCUUUGUUCUUUUUAAAAUGCGGAUAUAUAUGGCAAUAAAUAUUAUAAAUGCUCGAAUACCACACUUGUUACAAUUUGAAAACAGUAUCUUUCCUAGCUUGGUGAAAAUGUAUGUUUAAUAGGAGUUGUACAAAUUGAAUCCUUUUUGGCAUGGGAUGGAAAAAAAUAAACCCAUGGUUUUAUUACUACAUCCUUUGACAGUCAGUCCCAACUGAAUAUUUUACUUCGAAGACUGCCCGUUUUGGGAAACUAACUCUUCUUAUUGUUUUGCUCCAAUUUAAUGUUAACUGUUGAUGUUAUUGCAUAGUCCAGAUAUGUUCAUAUUGUUGAAAUAGAAAACUGGAACUCGAUGAAACAGAAUUGUUCUGGUUCCACUGAUGUAACUGGGAAUGAUUCAAGCCUGUGAAGGCAAAAGCUGAAGCUAAGAGCAUGCUUAUAAUAAAAGAGGGAUUUUUUUCAACCUUGAUAAGUCAUCGUUGUCAGCGUAAUGCUAAUGUUUUCCACACUAGGUUGCCGCUGGAUUACUAAAAUACUUUGAAAGAUAACAUUUUCAUCACUCAAAUUGGUUUGUAGGUAAGUCCAGGUUUUUGACAAGAUAUUCCCCAAAAGUGGUCGGUAAGACAUGGAACAGAACUGUAGUAGUCCUUUUGAUAGCUGAUUUGAAAAUUCUGUUGAUUAAUGGAUGAGCGGCUGUUCUUUGUGUUGAAAUAAAGCACAGUAGUGUCCAUUACUGGGUUUUAAUGUGUUACUUGAAGUAAUACUGGCAUAUCUUCUGGUACUCUAAUCUGAGCAGACUAGAAAAGCCACUUGCAUACUGCUGUAGAUGAUCUCAUAGCUCUGUAAUAAUGCAGUUUGUUUAUUUUAACCUAAGACCUCAGCAGGUUGCUCUAGUCACAGAUCCUGAGGAGGGCAGCAAGUCUGUUUGUGUAAGGAUAUAAAUGGAAAACAUCAUGUCCAUUUUUACAUAAUGAUCUGAACAAGAUACAAUUGGCAUAUAGUCAGGUCUGAGUCCCUUAGUGACUUUUAAGUAUGAGAUGCAUUAAGUUUCAUAUAGAGUAAAUGUGAACACUUCUUUAAAUGCAUUCAUGCAGUGAAAACUCAGAAACGUAUUUUAAUGUUUAAGUUAAAAUGAAUGAAAAACCUUUCACAGCUACUAUAAGAUAUGUGUUAGGCAAGGUUUGAUUAAGGAAGUGGUUUUCUGUGAAGGUUUAAGUACCAAAGGUAGAAAAUCUAGUCUAGUGAUACAAUGUUAAUGUGCAGUGUUGGCUUUUCUAAUUUGUACUGUAACACCUUCACACCUUUCUAUUUUAAAUGAGUCUUUUUCUUUUACAUAAUAUUAGGUAUAUUUUCACCCCUUUGUUUUCUGAUGCAGAAUUCAGGUUAACAUUUUACUGCAUCUGGUAUGUGUGGUGUAAUAUGUUUGGAUCCUUGUGACCUUUCUUUUGGACAUUCUUGUGCUUUUUUCAUAUGCUGUAUUCUUCAAGCAAUAAAAUUCUGAUGUGUUUUUAUAAAA